AAAACACUGGUCAAGGCUCCUAAUUUCCUCCCCCGCGCCUGCUUGGUCGAAUCACAUCUGUGACAGGUCGCCCGCUACGAUCCUCUCCCACAUCUCUUCGGCGGAGCUCCGAAUCGCCACCACUUGUCUCUUUACUCUCGAUGGGCUGCAUUCGAAUGGGGCAUGGUUGUGACCGGCGACUUCAGUAUAUCAUCACGCCAUUUCACCCUGGCUGGGGAUCUCGUCCUCCGUAGCCGACCAGACACAGCGGGCGCAGAGGCAUUUCCUGAAUCAUACCGGACGCCAGUAUCUGAACGUCCUGGGUGGCAGGAGACCGUCCGAGUUCUCCGACCGGGCAUCACUGAGAUACUGCGAGCAUGCUCUGAUUGGCAGUCUAAUGAACCACUCACACGGGAUUACGAACUCUAGGCGGGGACGCUCCGUUGUGUCUUUGAUCUCUUCCCUCCUAUCCAGCUUAUCGGAGCCUGCGUAAAGAUGGCAGGGUAUGCGAUUGGCACGCGCCGGUUUGCUGGCCCUCUUCCGGAGCUACGACGUGGACCACACGAUUUUCUGCCUGUAGUCUAUUCUGCAGGAGAAUUGCGGUCCGUCAUUGUCAUGUGGGCAUGACCGAACCCGAAUUCGACUUUCUCGGCCUCGAUUUCCAUCGUUUUUGCCCUCGAAUCAUUGAUAUGAUAGCCAAUGGAAUUAUCCUUGCCGCCGCGGUGUCAUUACCGAAGUAUUUGGCCUCUUGCAGAUCUUGCUCCCGCUUCACGGAAACUUCAGCUUCUUGACAUCAUCCACACACCAAUCUUGAUUCCUGUGGUCAGAAUGAGUCUCGCAAGAACUGAUAAAACCCUGCGGACUACCCGGCCUCUAUCAUAAUUCCAGCGUCAACACCUUCCUUUCCUGCACCUUCCUUUCCUCGACAUGUUCUCCGUCCGCUCGUUACUCAUAGCCUCUUUCGUUCUCCCUACUUUUUCUGCUCCUACUUCCGAGCCCUGGAAGAGCGGCCAAAUCAAUUGCGACCUGACUGCAGCGGAGAUGGAUCUUCCAACAAAUCAAACUUCGCUCGUAGCACCUAUGACGUCCCCUCUCUACGUGACCCUCGGCGUCGGUUUCCAGAAUUAUACCUGCGAUCCUUCUACCUUGACCUACAGCUAUCUUGGUGCGGUUGCAUUGAUUUUCGACAUCUCAUGCGUGGACAAAACACCUGCAUUUGCGACUAUCCAGCAGACCGCUUUUGAUAUCUGGAGCGGCGCGACAUCAGCGAUGACUCUGAGCCCCGUUCUAGCCGCGACUAGGACCAAUGCACUACUUGGGUCUUACUACUUCGUCCACUCACCCACCGGCACCGGCAUCUCACCCGAGUGGGACUUUUCCAUCCCGCAACACAACGCAUCUGCCAUCGUGAUCGGAACCAAAGUUGGAGACAUCCCUGCCCCAAACAACCCGGCGGCAAAUCUCGAUUGGGUCGCCGUGAACGGUGUACAAGGCUCGCUCGCAUCCAAGAUUUUCCGGAUCGAUACAGUUGGCGGACAACCUCCCACCUCUUGUGCUGCUGGUUCAGCGAAUAUCUCAGUCAAAUACACGGCGAAGUACUUCCUGUACUGAAAGUAACAUCACAUCCUGAUAGCAUCUAAUCUCUUGACCUGAUAUAUUUACAAUCAAUUACCACUUGCUUUGACCUUUCACGA